AAGUGACUAGUUUGAUGAGCUAAUAUUACCAGUUCCGAACUCGGGAUCAGUUGCAUUGAGAAUGCUUAUUCUCGAAGUAUAUUUUGAAUAAAGCCAAAGAAACUAUCUUUUAAUUGUUAAACUUUCAAUAGCAUGAAGACCUACAUCGUUUGAAGUUACUGUGCAUUUUUGUUCUAUAUUAUAAGCAUUUUUUAAAAUUUCUUGAACUCCAUUAAUGUAGACUCCUUAAAAGUGCAAAUUUGAAAUGUUCUCAACGUGAAAAUGGAAAGUGCCCUUGCUUUUUCUAAGGGAGUUGGUAUACCUGUUGUGUUGGUUGAAAACAGUGGAAGAUGCAAUAAGAAUGAAGGUGAUGAAAAGAUCCUUCCAAAUGGAGUUGCUUGGAUUCCAAAUUUAGUUAGCACCAUUACAGAAGUUGUGUUGAAUGGAAGCAAGGCUAUCCAUGUUAACAAGAAGAUGGUUGAAGGACCAAACCCCAAUGAGAAAGGAAAGAUCUUAAUUCCUUUAAUCGCACUACUUCAAUAUCCAUUCAUUGUAAAACUAAUGGUACCAGCAAUCAAGAAAGACGUUAAGAAUGAGAGCAGACUUUCAUUGGUUGAGGGGUUCUAGUGUUGAGUGGAAGGACACUGCAGCUGAGAGGAAGAGUGCUUCUUCUCAGCAGAGGAAAGCUGGUGCUGCUGGUCGAAAGAAACAAUUUGGCUAUGGAACUUGAUCUUGGAUGAAACUUAACAGUUUAAUAUGCAGUUUUUACACAUAAAUCACCUAUGUAUCCCGUUCUUCUAUUGGCAACGACAGCCUCAGUUAAGAUUAUGCGAUAAUAAUAUCCGACGGAUGGCUGACUGUUGGGACUAGAGAGAGUUAUGUUUUGUAUUCUGAGAUGAAACUUGAAGUUGGUUUUAGACUUGAUUUUUGCUAGUUACAUUUCUGUGUAUUGCAUGUCCUUUUAUCAGGUAAAUUUGUCAAUAUUUUUAGCUGAAUCUCGGCUGCUGCUGGUAUAAGUGGCUGCUAAUCAAAAUAAUAUUGAAGA